AUGUGCUUGAGUUAUCCGCGGGGGGCAGGGGGCGGGGCGGGCGGGGGCGGGGGCUCUGCGGUCACUGCCCAGGUGGAAUGGGCCCGGGCUUCCAGCCUGCGGAAACCAGUCUUUCUCCUUCCUGCGGGUUUGCAUUUCCUCAUCCGGAAAAUGCAGAAGGAUCUCAGAGUAAAGAAUGUAAAGAAAUUCAGAUAUAUGAAGUUGAUUUCCAUGGAAAUGUCAUCAUCCUCUGAUGACAGUUGUGACAGCUUUGCUUCUGAUAAUUUUGCAAACACGAAACCUAAAUUCAGGUCAGAUAUCAGUGAAGAACUGGCAAAUGUUUUUUAUGAGGACUCUGAUAAUGAAUCUUUCUGCGGCUUUUCAGAAAGUGAGGUGCAAGAUGUGUUAGACCAUUGUGGAUUUUUACAGAAACCAAGGCCAGAUGUCACUAACGAACUGGCCAGUAUUUUUCAUGCCGACUCUGACGAUGAAUCAUUUUGCGGUUUCUCAGAGAGUGAGAUACAAGAUGGAAUGAGACUGCAGUCAGGCCGAGAGGGCUGCAGGACCCGCAGCCAGGCCAGACCCUCCGGCCCUCUCAUGGUGGCCAUGAAAUUCCCAGUGCGGAGCACCAGGGGGGCAGCCAACAAAAAGAUGUUGCCCCCACAGCCCUUGGAGAAUUCUGCCACCAAUUCCAAUUCUGAUUCAGAAGAUGAAAGUGGCAUGAACUUUCUGGAAAAAAGAGCCUUAAAUAUAAAGCAAAACAAAGCCAUGCUUGCAAAACUCAUGUCAGAAUUAGAAAGUUUUCCUGGUUCAUUCUCCAGAAGACCUUUCCCAGGACCAAGAUCAUUGAAGACACCCCGAAGGCGGACAUUCCCAGGUGUGGCUUCACGGAGGAGGAACCCAGAGCGGAGAGCCCGGCCACUUACCAGGUCCAGGUCUCGGAUCCUGGGGUCCCUCAGUGUUCUCCCCACUGAAGAGGAGGAGGAUGAGGAGGAUGACAAGUACAUGCUCGUGAGAAAAAGGAAGGCCUUGGACGCAUUGGACGAUGACAUACCCAGAGGUCGUCGCCCAGGAGCCAUGACCCUUCCGCAUAUAAUUCGUCCAGUGGAAGAGAUCACUGAGGACGAGUUGGAGAACAUCUGCAGCAACUCUCGAGAGAAGAUCUAUAACCGCUCACUGGGAUCUACUUGCCAUCAGUGCCGUCAGAAGACUAUUGAUACCAAAACAAACUGUAGAAACCCAGACUGCUGGGGUAUCCGAGGCCAAUUCUGUGGUCCCUGCCUUCGAAACCGUUAUGGUGAGGAGGUGAAGGAUGCACUGCUGGACCCGGACUGGCACUGCCCACCUUGUCGAGGGAUCUGUAACUGCAGUUUUUGUCGCCAGCGAGAUGGACGGUGUGCGACUGGGGUCCUUGUGUAUUUAGCGAAGUACCAUGGCUUCGGGAAUGUGCAUGCCUACCUGAAGAGUCCUCAGGUGUCCGAGGAGCCCAGUGGUUUGUGUGAUGGGCACAGCCCCGCCUCUGUGAGGCUCACAGCGUGGCAGCGCAGACACGGAACAAAGACUCCUACAGAACAACGCACCAUGCCCGCGGGGAAGAAAGGGGACGGUGGCCUUGCCUGGUUUGAGAAAGUGAUGCUGAAGAGAGCACACAGACAUUUAUCAAAUAUCUGCCAGAAGCCAGACCAGGAAAAGGCAUCUGGGUUACCAAACCAACUAAGACAGAGGCUGCAUCUCAAGAAGUUUAUCAUCUUCUGGGGACACAGAUGAGUUACCAGGCCAGCAAGGGAUACCACCAAGGCACGAGUGCCACAGGGGCUAGAUAUACUUCUGUGUAACAGCACUGAUGAUGAUUAUAAGGGAAAGGGAUUAUGCACGAUAGCAUCACAUUACGUACCAUGUGUGACCAUGUCCUGCCUGCGGAGAGACAGCCAUCAAGAGACACGAAUCAGUGGCCAGUUCUCCCUCAUGGGGACCUCCUUGCACAUUAGCUCCUCCUUCCAAAA